GUGGGUCGUCUUUCAUGUUAGUCCUUGGUCUCUUCCCAACUCAAUGCGUGCCCACGUGUUCGUUUCCUCUGCUAUGGAUUUUCCCAUUUUGGACACGCUGUGCUCCUCCCAUCGACUCACCGCCUCAUCUUCCAAUCAAACGUUGCCUAUUUAUCUUCCAAUAUUCCACCUCCUCCCUUCUUAUUCCGAUUUUCAUCUGAUCGUUUUUCUAUCUACUCCGUUUUCCCAAUGCUUUCCCUCCGGAUUGCUCCAAUAUAGGGUGAUCGGAAAUUAGUGAUGCCGGCUUCGAAUAAAAAAACAGACGAAACCGGUGUGGAACACCGAUUUGGUGGAGAAGAACCAGGUACCCGCUCUACUUCCGUCCUGAUUGUUGGUACAAGCAUUACCCACCCACGUGUUCAAUUCCAAUUAGCUUCAGCUGUAACGAUUAAGGAUUGGAGUUUGUUCAUGGAGGGAUACCAGGUAUUGGAACAAUUUGGAAUGGGGCCUUAUCGUCUCACAAAACUUUCCUAUAAAAAAUCGAUCUAA